GAAGCGGCGGGGUCGGGGCCGCCAUGUCGCUGUUGUCCGUGGCGCUGGCCGCCCUGCGGGUCUACGCGGCGGGAGCAGCGGUGAUCUUGGCGCAGCUGCUGCGUCGCUGCUGCGGGGGCUUCCCGGAGCCAGUUUUCCCUCAGCAGCCCGACCGUGUAGCUAUCGUGACUGGAGGCACUGAAGGCAUCGGCUAUGCCACGGCAAAGCAGCUGGCACGUCUGGGGAUGCGUGUCAUCAUAGCUGGAAACAAUGAUAGCAAAGCCCGGGACGUUGUCCGAAGAAUUCAAGAAGCAACCUUGAAUGACAAAGUGGAGUUUUUGUACUGUGACCUGGCGUCCAUGAACUCCAUCCGGCAAUUUGUGCACAAGUUCAAAGCAAAGGAGAUCCCUCUGCAUGUCCUGGUCAACAACGCUGGCGUGAUGAUGGUCCCUCAGAGGACAACAGAAGAUGGAUUUGAAGAGCAUUUCGGCCUCAACUACCUGGGGCACUUCCUCCUGACCAACCUCCUCCUGGACAGCCUCAGAGCAUCUGGUUCCCCCAGCCACAGUGCCAGGGUGGUCACCGUGUCGUCGGCCACCCACUACGUCGGCCAGUUGCACAUGGAUGACCUUCAGUUCAGCCGCUGCUACUCGCCUCAUGGUGCCUACGCCCAGAGCAAGCUGGCCCUGGUCCUAUUCUCCUACUACCUACAGCACCAAUUGUCUGCCGAAGGCAGUGCUGUGACGGCCAAUGUGGUGGACCCUGGGGUGGUCGACACAGACCUCUACAGACAUGUGUUCUGGGGCACGCGUGUAGUGAAGAAGCUGCUUGGCUGGCUCUUGUUCAAGACCCCUGAGGAAGGAGCCUGGAGUUCUGUGCAUGCUGCUGUGGCACCUGAGCUGGAAGGCAUUGGUGGCCAUUACUUGUACAACGAGAAGGACGCGAGGUCCUUGGCAGUCACAUAUGACCGAGAGCUGCAGCGCCAGCUGUGGGCCAGAAGCUGUGACAUGACCGGUCUCCGGGACACGAGUGAUGACAUUAUGUAGGCACAGCUCUGUUCCCUGGGAGGACUGCAUCGCAGGUGCACAUCCUGAAUCUGCUACCUUCACGUUGGUUGGAAUUGAGCCAGAAAUACAAGUCGGGGAUGCCUCCUCUGUUGUGCCUGAGCUUUCACCCGUGACCUUGCAGUUGUCACAUUGUCACGGGAUUAAACACUGACACUCAAG